AUGAUUGCAAGUGUCGCAGUACUCUUUGUCUAUCGUCAUCAAGUGAUUGUAGGGACUGAGCAUCCUAUGCACAUGAAAACUAGAAAUCUAGUACUUAUUCUCACUUUCAACUACAUUCUUUACAUGAAUAUGACAGUUCCAGCUCUUAACACUCUUCCUGCGGACCAAGUAGCAGUGAAGAUUGAGAUACUAAAAGUGAGUCCAUGAACAUCAAAAGGUAACCUAUUUGGUUGUAGGUAGAGCGAUGUCCCCCUAAAAAUUUGCCGAGUCCGGAUGUGUUCAUUAUGCAAACUUCCUUUGAUCUCCUUCCCUGGCUCCUCUUCUUGAUUGUCUUCGUUGGAACUGAAUGUGGUUGUUUGGCGCUUCAUUCUUCUUGGAUUCUGUUUUUCUCAACUCUGUCUUCAAACUUCUCGCGGAAAACUCGAAUACUACAAAUUAAAUUCCUCGGCGCUCUUGUCUUGCAGGUGAAAAUUCGCGGAAUGCGAAUGAAUUAAAGUUGUGUUUUGUGACUCCCCCUUUUCAGAUUGCGAUUCCAACCACACUCUGCUACUGCCCAAUACUCUAUUGUGUUAUCACCACACUCACCGAUCAUUACUGGCAAUGUGAGUCACAGUUUUCCAGACUUGCAAGAUUUCGAGCCGGCCCGUAAGCUUCACCAUGAAUUGAUUGGUUUGGACAAAUUCUGGACAAAUUUUAAGUUUUGGCCCGGCCCGUUGCAAGUUUGCAGUUUUCCACGAGAACAAGAUAAUUUCAGUUGCAAAUGACAUUUGCGUUUUUGUGUUCAGUACACACGGUACAAUCUCAUCAGUUUGUUUGGUUCUGCUGUACGACUGCUACAGGGAUUUCCUGUUUCACUGCAUCCGGAAGUUAGCCUUUUGUUGUAAGAACAGGGGCCAGGUGCAAAUAACUGAGUGAGGAGGAAGUGAAAUGGAAUGAACUAAUGAAUGUCUCCGUUUUUUCAGAAACGCAUCUGUCAUUCGGAGUGACAUCAGUAGAAAUGCCAUUCAUGCGUCUUACAUAACAUAA